CCUUCCCGCUUUCCACGUUGUAACUUUUCGGGCAUUCAUCGCCGCUGUCCGGCGGAACCAAGGAGGCUCUUCUUAAGCCGUUUUUAAAACCCUAAACCCUAUAAUAGUAGUAGAAAGCUUGGUCUCGUCGCAAUCGAUCGAUCCGUCCGUCUCUUGUGGGAGCAAUGUUCUCACCGGCGACGAGGAAGCCGCAUCUCGCCUCUCCCCAGAGGGGGAAGGAGAACAAGGAGAAGGGGCACGACGAAUCCCCUUCCACUCCCCUCCCCCUCCCCCUCCCCCUCCCCCUUCCUUCCAUCCCCAACCGCCCCCUCACCGGCACGCCAGCCCCCUGGUCUUCCCGCCUCUCCGUUCUCGCCAGAAUUCCAACAGGGAAGAAAGCAGAUAAAAGUGAUGAUUCUAAUCAGAUCCAGCCUGUUUUUGUUGGAGAUUUUCCACAUAUCGUUCGCAAUGCUCAAUCGAAUCUUCUGCAGAAGAAUUUUACUGAUAGUACAGCAAUUGCUGGUGGUAUGGAUAAAGGUACAUCCCUUGCAUGGAUGGUAUGUGGAAGCGAGCUGUUUAUUUGGAGCUAUUUAUCUGCUUCAGUCUCAAAAGAUUGUAUUGUACUUGAGGUCCCACUUGCUGUGAUCGGAAAUAAUGACUUACACAGUGAGCCCCUUUUCAGUAAUCAUUUGAUGGUUUGUAUGGUUAGAUGGGACAUUCCAUCAUCAACAUCCUGUAAUAUCAUGUUAGAGCAAAGCAGUUCUACUGGUGUCAUUUUAUUCAAUCAGACGACUCAAGUUGUUGCAUAUUGGCAUGACAUUUAUUCUGAAAGGGGAAGAAUUCCAAUUAUUAGCUUUCCAGCUCUGAACAAUAAUGAUGGUGGCUCGUCAGAUGAUCGCACAAAUGCUGUCAACAGGAACCAUAAGGACGGUUGUAUUGGACAUGAACACUCGUCUGAAAAAAAAUUCAACUCCAUUAUUGCUGAUGCUGUUCCUGAUAGUCCUUAUGAAUGUAUUGCAAUAGCUUGCCAGUCAUAUGGUGCAUUAUGGUUGUUUCGAUUUAAACCAACUGAAAUACAUCGGAGACAACUAUCCGAAGUUCUAUUUGGUAGUACUUCUACUAGGCAUUCUCAAAGCGAUAAAGGUUAUGCAAGGUCGCUUAUCUGGCAAUCAAAGCAUUCUUUCGCAGAAAAAUCUGAUCGGAAUUUCCUUCUGCUAACAAAUCGUGAGAUUCAGUGUUGGAAUAUUAUGCUUGCACCAAACUUAGAAGUUACAAAACUUUGGGCUCAUGAAAUUGUUGGCAAUGAUGGUGAUCUGGGUAUUAAAAAGGAUUUAGCUGGUCAGAAGCACAUCUGGCUUUUGGACAUGCAAACAGAUGACCAUGGAAGAGACUUGAGUAUUCUUGUUGCUACCUUCUGUAAAGAUCGUGUGAGCAGUUCAAGCUACACUCAGUAUUCUCUUCUGACAAUGCAAUAUAAUCCUGGUCAACAUUUUUCGUCUAAACAUAAUGGGUCAAAGAGUGAAAGAUUUUUGGAGAAAAAGGCUCCUCUUCAGGUCAUAAUUCCUAAAGCUAGGGUGGAAGAUGAAGACUUCCUUUUUGCCAUGAGGUUACGUAUAGGAGGUAAGCCAUCUGGUUCUGCAAUUGUGCUAUCUGGUGAUGGAACUGCAACAGUGACUAAUUACUGGAGGGGCUCCACGAGACUCUAUCAAUUUGAUUUGCCUUGGGAUGCCGGAAAAGUUUUAGAUGCUUCUGUUUUUCCAUCUGCUGAGGAUAAUGAGGAAGGAGCCUGGAUUGUCUUGACUGAAAGGGCUGGCUUUUGGGCUAUACAUGAAAAAGCAGUUUUACUUGGUGGGGUUGAGCCACCAGAGCGAAGUUUAUCACGUAAAGGAAGCUCUAAUGAAGGAGUUGCAGAAGAAGAAAAAAGAAGUCAGGCAUUUGGCGGCAAUGUUGUUCCCAGAAGGGCUAGCUCUGAGGCUUGGAGUGGUGGAGGUCGACAAAGGGCAGCUUUUUCUGGCAUUGCACAGCGAACUGCACUCGAUGAAGAGGUUGAAGCGUUGCUAGGUCGUCUGUUUCAUGAUUUUGUUUUGUCUAGCGCAGUUGAUGGUGUUUUUGAGAAGCUUCAAAUGAAAGGAGCAUUUGAGAAGGAAGGUGAGACAAAUGUAUUUGUUCGCAUGAGCAAAUCUAUUGUUGAUACGUUAGCCAAACAUUGGACGACAACAAGAGGUUCUGACUUCGUGGCUUCAGCUGUUGUGUCAUCCCUUCUCUUGGACAAGCAGCAAAAACAUCAAAAGUACCUUCAGUUUCUUGCUUUAUCUAAGUGCCAUGCGGAACUGUAUUCAAAGCAAAGAAUUGCUUUGCUUACCAUCUUGGAAAAUGGAGAGAAGCUUUCUGGCAUGAUCCAGUUGAGGGAGCUACAAAAUGUGCUUAGCCAGCAGCGAUUAGGCACAGCCAACUCUUCGUCAUCUCAGUCUUAUAUUCACACCGCUGGUUCUCUAUGGAGCCUCAUUCAGCUGGUUGGUGAGAAAGCUCGCCGGAAUACUGUUCUCUUAAUGGAUCGAGAUAAUGCUGAAGUAUUCUACAGUAAAGUUUCUGACAUAGAGGAAUUCUUCUAUUGCUUGUCUCACUAUCUUCAGUAUAUAAUUAAUGGAGAGAGUUCCUUUUUUAUUCGGAUGGAGCAAGCAUUUGAAUUAGCAAAUGCUUGUACAUUGUUAAUUCAGAGUGCUAUGCGCUAUAGAGAUGAGCACAAGAACUGGUAUCCUUCUCCCGAGGGAUUAACACCUUGGAACAGCCAGCCUGUUGUCCGGUCAGGUUUGUGGAGCAUAGCGGCUUUCAUCAUGCAGCUUUUAAAGGAAUCAGGAGAAGUGGAUAUUUCAGGCAAAUCUAAACUGUGGUCUCAAUUUCAAGGUCUGACAGCUACUCUCUUGGACGCGUAUACUGGUUCAAUCAGUGCUAAAAUUGAACGUGGGGAAGAACGAAAAGGACUACUUGAAGAAUACUGUCGACGAAGAGAGGAGCUACUUGGUUCCAUGUAUGAAUUUGCCAAAAGAAUUGUGGAAGCUAAAUACCAGGAGUCAUGUAAAGGUGUUGAUGACAAUGAAACAAAAGAAUCCAUAUAUAGAGAGGUUACUUCACCCAUUCUUUUAAUUGCUAAGCAGCAUGAAGGCUAUCAAACUUUGUGGCAUAUAUGUUACGACCUUGGUGAUACAGAACUCCUCAGAAACCUUAUGCAUGUAGGGCCUCAUGGAGGAUUCAGCUACUAUGUCUUUCAGCAGCUAAUUAAGAACCAACAGUAUGCUAAGCUGUUAAGGCUUGGAGAGGAGUUCCUGGAUGAGCUAGCAAAUUUUCUCAAGGAUCACAAAGAUUUGCGGUGGCUUCAUGAGAUAUUCUUAAGUCAAUUCUCCUCUGCUUCAGAAACUCUUCAUGCCUUAUCUUUGUUUGGCGGUGAUGAUUCUGCGUUGGUCAGCAAGGAAAAUUUUGAUCUUACAGAGGUGAAGAGAUUGCCGUCUCUGGCUGAAAGAAGACGAUUACUUAAUGUCUCCAAAAUUUCAGCUAUGGCAGGUAAAGAUGUGGGUUUUGAAAUGAAGAUUGCCCGCAUAGAAGCUGAUCUGCAGAUUCUUAAAUUGCAGGAAGAGAUUGUCGCAUACUUUGUAAACAUUGGUGAAGAGGACAUUAGUAAGCCACUGACUCCCACAGAACUGAUAGAUAUGUGCUUAAGAGGGGGCCGAGAUAUUUCUCUGAAAGUAUUUGAUGUGUUUGCUUGGACGAGCGCAUCCUUCCGCCGUUCCAAUGUAAGCACUCUGGAGGAGUGCUGGAUGAAUGCAGCCAACCAAGAUGACUGGCUAUCUAUCUGCCAGGCAUCGACUGUAGAAGGUUGGAGUGAGGAAGUCCUUUUAGAAGCUCUUAGAGAAACGGUGCUCUUCAAUGCUUCAAGUCGGUGUUAUGGGUCCGGAGCAGAUAUGAUGUACGAUGGUAGCUUCGAGGAGAUACUGCCCCUUAGGAAAGAGCAUGUGCAACUUUCGAGCCUAACUCUACACAGCACUAGUUCUUCUUCCGUGGAGGAAAUCCUGAUGAAGCAUAAGGAUUUCCCUGAUGCAGGUAAGCUGAUGCUGACUGCAGUCUUUAUGGGCAAGGAAGGGAGCAAUGUUGUAGCCGUAGCUGAGGAGGCGGACAUAAUUCAUGAUGAUACGUGAUUCUACUGCUGACUUUUUUUUUUCUUGAACCCUCAGAUUUUGUUGCCUUGCUAGUAUAAUGUUCAGUUCAUAUCGUAGGUGAUUUGAUUCUGUUGAGGCCUAUGGUUUCAGAUUUUGUUGUUGCUGGCUAGUUCACACUCGCCGGUUUAGUAGCACAACCGGCCAUCAGAGAAAGCUCUGCAUUUUGACAGCUGGAUACGUGGAGAAUUUUAACAGUGCUAUGCUGUUCAUCAGAAUGCUUAACGUCUAGCCGAGUACUGUGAUUUUGUCUCAAAUCUGCGAAUUUGUACCUUCUGUGCUUUUAUUUUUACUUUAUAAUUACUUUCUUUUUUAAGAAUAAGGUUUGAAGUAUGUAGUUGAAUGGAUGGACGGCUCGAAAGGAAGCGGUUCACAGAUUGACCUGAAGGACUGGGUGCAGACAAUAACUUCUCCCAUGUGACACUGUAGUGGCAUGUAGCGCACUGACGAAUACAGUUUGGUUACUGCAUAGCUUCCUCCCAUGUACUGAGAUUUUUGUGCUAAAGUUUUCAGUUCAUUGUUAAAUACAGUAUUGGUUACUGCAUAGCUUCCUCCUAUGUACUGAGAUUUUUGUGCUAAA